AUGCUGAGCCGGUUUCACGCUGGCACCCUGCGAGCCGUCAGAAGGGUAUCCGAUAUAAGAGGCGCGAGGGGGGUGAUAUCGAGGAUACGUACAAGUGCAGUGGCAGCAGUGGACUACCAGGGGAGCCGUCUUCACCUGGUACCGCACUCCCUUGCAGUCACAUCCUCCCUCCAGCGGAUACCUGGCCUCGGUCGACAUCUAUACUGCAGUAGGAGUAGUAUCUUAGUGUCUCGAUGGAAAACAGAGUGUCUCUUCAAACCUGAGACGCUUGAGACGGUUCUGCUCGUUUAUAUACUUGUAGAGCUUCGUAGAGCUGUCUCGUGUUCGUGA